CGGACGGCUGCCGCAUCGGCCGCGCGCAUGACAGCGUACGCGCAUCGGACGUAACGUGCACGACACGACGUAACGUGACGAUAAGUGAUCCCCAGUACUGAGUAUCCAGCGAGCGACGACGAUUCCGAUACUAAUUGUGCAAAAAUGUUCGUGUGAGUGUUUCUUUGUGACUAUAAUAUAAAGGCAAUUAUAUCAAAAUGGGAAGCGGCAAGUUUGGGUUCAACGGGAAAAAGGACAAAGUGAACGUGACAGAUGGUAAUAAGACUGAGUUUAGUGUUAAGGAGAAAUGUCAAAAGCUACGUAAGAAAUUGAGAAAGACUGAAUUACAGAAGACUGAGGACAGUACAAAGGAGAAGACGAUAUGGUGGAAUCAAUGCAGUGGUUUGAGCGAAAUCGACCAGUACCUAUGGAUGGUGGGUGGAUCAGCAGGGGCGCUGGCCCUCACAGGCGUGGCAGCAGCUUCCGCGUUCUACCUGACCACACGGCCGAAGCCCGAGAAGCCACUCGUCACACUACAUGAACAGAGCCUGCUUGAACCUGGUCCAGAACUUGUACGUGUAUCAAAAUUCUACAAAGAAGCGAAAAAUGGUCGGUUUCUACGAUAUUUGCACGACGACACACGCACCUUGUACGAGACUUUCCGCAGAGGUGUCAAGGAAUCAAAUAAUGGCAACUGUCUCGGUUGGCGCGAGGGACCAAAUAAGCCGUACGUGUGGCAGACUUACAAUGAAACCCUGCUGCGAGCGAAAAACUUCGGUUCGGGCCUUAUAUGCCAAGGUGUACCUCCGGGCCAGGGCACUUUUGUCGGUAUAUACGCCCAAAAUUGUCCAGAAUGGAUCAUGACAGAACAGGCUGCUUACUGCUAUUCAAUGAUCAUAGUGCCGUUAUACGAUACACUAGGAGCCAACGCAUGUGCCUUCAUUAUUAAUCAAACUGAAAUGUCAAUAGUUGUAUGCGAAGAUGACAAGAAAGCGAAUUUACUGCUCGAUCAGUCGCCAAAAUGCCUCCGCAAGCUGAUCACGAUAAAGGAAGUGUCGCCGUCAACACACCAAAGAGCACGGAGUCGCGGUGUGGAAAUCCUAAAGUUCAGCGAUGUGGAAAUACUGGGAGCGCAGAAAGAUCACCCGUGCAUUCCUCCCCAACCAGAGAGUCUAUGCACAAUCUGCUACACAUCAGGCACAACGGGAAUGCCCAAAGGCGUCAUGUUGACACACGAGAACGUGGUAGCCUCCCUGUGCAGCGUGACCAUGCAGCUCGGCGAGCACCGGCCGACCAAGCACGACGUCAUGAUCUCCUUCCUGCCACUCGCGCACAUGCUCGAGCGAUGUUGUGAGAACGCUCUAUACAUGGUUGGAGGAGCGGUUGGAUUCUACAGCGGGGACAUCAGAAGAUUGGCAGAUGACUUGAGUGCUCUGAAACCAACGAUGAUGCCGGCAGUACCGAGAUUAUUAAACAGGCUAUAUGAUAAGGCGCAAAGUGAAAUUUCCGGUUCGAAAAUUAAGAAACUGCUCUUCAAUAUGGCUUUGUCAGCAAAGGAAUCAGAACUGAAGAGGGGUAUAAUCCGGUCAGAUUCCGUAUGGGACAAGCUGGUGUUCCGCAAGGUGCGCGAGGGCAUGGGCGGCAGACUGCGCAUCAUGGUGGUCGGCUCUGCGCCGCUAGCAGGCAACGUGCUGACGUUCGCACGAUGCGCGCUUGGAUGUUUGAUCGUAGAGGGCUACGGUCAGACGGAGUGCACUGCGCCGGUGACUCUGACGGUACAGGGCGACCAUGUGCCGGAGCACGUCGGGCCUCCCGUCGCUUGUUGUAAAGUGAAGUUAGUGGACGUCCCGGAGAUGGAGUACUACGCGGCGCAGGGCCAGGGCGAGAUCUGCGUGCAAGGAGCCAACGUCUUCAAGGGGUACUUCAAAGAGCCGGAGAAGACGAGGGAGGUCAUCGACCACAACGGGUGGCACCAUACGGGCGAUAUUGGGAAGUGGCUACCUAAUGGCACGCUAAAGAUUAUCGACAGAAGAAAACACAUUUUCAAACUAUCGCAAGGCGAAUAUAUUGUGCCCGAGAAAAUAGAAAACAUUUACAUUAGAAGUCAGUACGUGGAACAAGUUUUCGUACACGGAGAAUCUUUGAAGUCGUGUAUCGUAGCGGUGGUUGUUCCUGACGUCGACGUGGUCAAGUGCUGGGCUCUCGAGAACGGUAUCAAGGGCACUUUCUCAGCAUUAUGUGAGAACGAAAAAAUAAAGAAGAUGAUCCUCGAAGACAUGCUGCAGUGGGGACGGCAGGCGGGUCUGAAGACAUUUGAACAGGUCAAAGACAUCUACUUGCAUCCGGACCCAUUCUCAGUACAGAAUGGUCUUCUGACGCCCACACUCAAAGCGAAACGACCUGAAAUCAAGAGUUACUUCAAGCCGCAGAUCGAGGACAUGUACAAACAGCUUGAAUAGCUGUAGCCGUUAUAGCAGUUUCCUGUAAAUAGCAUCAUUGAAGAAAACAAUGAUUUACGAUGAAAUUAGUGUUAAAAAGAAGUGACGUUUAGAAGAAAGAACAAAAAUACUAACUUCUAGGAAAGGUUAAGAAAAGUGCACGCAAGUGAUACAAUAAUAAUUGAAUGAUUGUAAGAAUUUUGGAUAAUAAACAAAUUUUUGACAUGAAAGUUCUCAUUCGUAAUUUAUGGCUGCUAUCAGUAUAACAAUGUAGUCAAAAUAUAUAACGAUAAUACGAUGGUGAUAAUUUUCAACAUUACUUUAAGCAAUAAGAAACGAGUUGUUUCUCUGACAGUCAAUUAUAUGAUUGCACAUUGUAUUCGCCUUUAUAUUAUUAUAGUUUGACAAAUUUCUACUAAAACGUUAGGUAAUGUUGAAUAGGCGAGCAUAGCAAUAAACGCAUUAAUAUAAGUAGUUGCAUAAAAAACAACGCUGACCUUUUGAUCUGAUACCGUAUUCGAGGCUUUCAAUUAAUAAUCGCUAAAUGAAAAUGGUCGUAAAUCUUUUGUGAUAGCACAUCUAGAAUUACGCAAGAGAAAUGGUUGAGCAAACGAAAUUAGUAACUGUCUUGUAAGUGAACGGCUAGGAAAUAUUUUGCAACACGUUUGAAUAAUAGUGCCUAUCGGUUUUGAAAAGUUAGACAAAUGGUAUUUAAGUAUUAUUUUGAAAGAUUAAUAUACGUUUCUUGAUGAUCAAUUAUUUGGUUUUAUACCUGAAGUUUUGUUUGACAAGUUGGAUCAAACAACACGUUUAAAGUUAUUCAUAAUGAGUGUUUUGUUAUGUGUGGCUGAAACUAUAAUGAGCUUACGAGCUGCUAUUUCUUUUAAGCAAUUGUUUUUGGUAUUAGAGCUAGCGCGCAAGAGCAACUUUUGUCUCCGCAACUAUUUUGUCUCUCCCAUCAACUCUAUGGGCUAGUAAGAAAGUGCGCGCACGUAGCGACGCAACUUCCUAUAGAGUUGAUGGGAGAGACAAAAUAGUUGCGGAGACAAAAGUUGCUCUUGCGCGCUAGCUCUUACUUAUUUUACAGUUUUGUGUGUUUAUGAACUAGAGGAUGAAUCUCUAUAAUGGGACCUGUUGAUAAAAAUAUUUUUACACAAGUCUUGUCUAAUUUUGGACGAAGUUUUCUUUAGAUUUUAUGAUAUUUUUAUGAACAGGCCCAGUGUGUUAUGUCCAUGUUUUACUGCAUUAGCGAUAGACGAUUUCUAAUUAGUAAAAUCGGUCACACUUGUAGAUAAUUUUGUACUCUCUAUAUUUUAUUAAGAUGAUUCAAGCUUUGAGCGAAUGUUGCGGAUUCAUGUUGUCUUUACCAAAAUUUUGUUGUUAUUGGUGCAAGAUGUACUACAAUAAUUUAUUUUUAAAUAAAAUUCUUGAUUAAAA